GGUACCAGCAACAGUUGCAGCAGCAGCUGCAGGCGCAGCACGCGCACCGAGAGCACAAGAUCGAGGGAGUCAGUAUGCCAACGUAUCACGGCCGUCCUCAUGAAUCUGUGGAUGAAUUCAUUUUCCGGGCAAAGCUAUUCAUGCAGGGGAAAUGCAUCGACUUUAUGAAUCCCCAGAACGGCCCUCGGGUCGUGGCUAUGUUAGCUGCCAAUUUCCGUGACGGUGCAGCGUCAUGGUAUCACGCCAAGGUCAUGGUAGAGCACGUAGCUUACCACACUCUCGAUGAGCUGCAUGGUGCGCUAGCGGCUGAGUUCGUGCCUCCGGACCAGCAAUUUCGUCUACGUGCUGAGUUGCACCAGUGUCAGCAGCGUGGUUCUGUCGAUGACUACGUUAAGGAUUUCCGUCGGUUGAUGGCCCAGAUUCACCGAAUGCAUGCGCUGGACCAGGUAAACCAUUUCUGUGAAGGUCUGAAGUCAGAGACAAAAAAGGAUGUCAUGUACCUGCGCUGUGCGACGCUUGCAGAUGCUAUUGCCGCUGCGCAAGCAUACGAACGAACGCACUUUUCGGAUAGUCGACAGAUUGACAAGCGUACAUGCCGGGAGCGUAAUCAGUGCUUCUAUUGCAAAGAAGUGAGGCAUCGGAUUGCCAGCUGCCCACGCAGAAACGGCUAAAACAGGGGACGCGCGCAGGGAAAUGGCGUGGCUCGGCAGAUGUAAGUGGAGUAUCUGUCGAGCCGGCAACGCAAGAAUCUCCUGCAAGGUGCGAGGCAUCAUCAAUUGAGAUCAUGGAUAUCUCUACCGUUUCAGUUGGACCCAGCACACCGUUUAUUAAGACGGUGUACAUCGC